AUGCCGUUGUUCGAAGUCAAGGGAUGGAACGUCAACGCUACCAAGGUGGUUGAAGACACGGGGGCUUCCAAGUCGUUGAAAAAGAAGGAAAAGCGGGAGAAGCGCCGGCGGGAAAGGGAGGAAGCUACCGGAACUUCUCGCCUGAAAAAGUCUAAAGUGGAAGCUGAAGAGGAUGGGACCACCGCUGAUGCCGCCACCGAUGACAAUGAAACACAACUGGAGACCAAACCACUGAAGAAACUGAAGAAAGCUAAGGAUUCCGAUGAGUCUGCUUCGACUCAGGCUCCGGCGCCGGCUCCAGCUAAGCUCACCCCGCUCCAGCAAAAGAUGCUUGCGAAGCUUUCCGGGUCCCGUUUUCGGUGGAUCAACGAACAGCUCUACACCACGACUUCCGAGGCCGCUCUUGACCUUAUAACCAAACAACCUGAGCUCUUUGAAGAGUACCACACUGGUUUCAGAGAACAAGUGAAGCUGUGGCCCGAGAACCCCGUGGAAGUGUUUGUCAACCAAGUGAAGCUGCGGGCGAAGAAGCCCGUCAAUGCUCCCGGUGGGCUUCCCGGAAUGGCGAAUAAGGAAGUCGUGAUUGCCGACAUGGGGUGUGGCGAGGCUCAGCUUGCUCAGGAUGUGGCGAAGUUCGUCAGACAACAGAAGGGGAAGCGGAGAACCAAUAUCACCGUCCACUCAUUUGACUUGAAGAAGCAAAAUAAAUACAUCACCGUGGCCGAUAUCAAGAACGUGCCUCUUGAAGACGAGCUGUGUUCGAUCGUGGUGUUUUCUCUUGCCCUCAUGGGUACCAAUUUCCUUGAUUUCAUCAACGAAGCCCACCGUAUUCUUGCUCCUCGAGGCGAAUUGUGGAUUGCCGAGAUCAAGUCGAGAUUCGCCGACGACAACGGCGACGAAUUUGUCGAAGCGUUGAAGCACCAGGGCUUCUUCCACAAGCACACUGAUAACGACAAUAAGAUGUUCACCAGGUUUGAGUUCUUUAAGCCGUCAGCGGAUAUCGUGGCUGAAAGGGAAGCAAGAUUACAGCGGAAGAAGAAAUUUAUCGAGAGGGAACUGGACAAGGAAGAAUUUGACAAGAAACGCCAGCAGAGACCGGAAGGGGAGUGGUUGCUCAAGCCGUGUAUCUACAAGCGGCGGUAG